AUGGACGCUACAAUGGAAAACAAGUUAGGCCUACCACCUCCGUAUGAACAGGUGCCACCCAAUCCAGCUCCACCGCCGUCAUACUUUGCGGACCAACCGUCUGCACCUGUAGCCCCUCCCCGCACAGUUGUGGUCACUUCGACUCCAGGAAAUCCCUCGGCCCCCAUAAAACUAGGCCCAGGGCCCACAGGAACCAUGUGCCCUACGUGCAGCAAGUCAAUAGUAACAAGAGUCGAUUACGUAUCCAAUAACAGAACGCAUAUCAUAUCUGCAGCUCUUUGCGUAAUCGCAGGGUGCUGUUGUGGAUGCUUCGUGCCUUACUGUAUGAAGUCAUGCAAAACUGCAAACCAUUACUGUCCACAAUGUUCCGCUUUCAUAGGUUCUCAUCUACAGUCU